AAACUCGUGAUGAACAGUUCUGAAGAAUGAAGCCUACAAGUCAGAGUAAAUUUCAUUAGCUUCUUUCCUCCCCUGACUUUUGUAUAGUUGACUUGCUUUUCUAGCCGGGCCAUGGCUUCCCCACGGCUGGAGACUUUCUGCUGUCCCAACAGGGAUCCUGCCACCCAACUCGUUCUGGAUUAUGAACCUAAUAUAUUUAGCUCUCUGUGCAUUGGUAGUGGGCUGUUUAGUCUCUUGUUAACCAUUGUGCAAAUGCUGCCUAAAGUAAAACAAGGAUUCAGGAAACAAAGCAGAUCAACCUUGCCUAAACCUUCUUCUUCAAAGAUCCUCCUCUUAGUCAUAGUAUGUGAUCUGCUUGGCUGUUUAGGUAUUAUACUUCGGUCAACAGUAUGGGUAUCUUCUCCAUCAUUUGUUGCCAAUAUAUCAGAAAUGAACAGUACCAGUGUUUUACACGUUGCUUUUUGUGUUGGAAGUGCGAUGUGGAUACAGCUCUUCUACAGUGCAAGCUUCUGGUGGUUGUUCUGCUAUGCAGUGGAUGCCUACCUAGUGGUUAAAAGAUCAGCAGGAAUAAGCACAAUUGUCCUUUAUCACAUGAUGACUUGGGGGCUGGCAGUUCUGCUUUGUAUAGAAGGUGUUGCUAUGCUCUAUUACCCUUCAGUGUCUAACUGUGAGGAAGGCUUGGAGCAUGCCAUUCCUCAUUACCUCACUACCUACGCCCCUCUUCUGCUUGUAAUGGUAGCAAAUCCCAUCCUUUUCAAAAGGACUGUCUCAGCAGUUGCCACAUUAUUAAAAGGAAGACAAGGAAUCUAUACAGAAAACGAAAGACGUCUAGGAACAGAAAUUCAGAUUCGUUUUUUCAAGAUUAUGCUGGUUUUCAUGAUAUGUUGGUUGUCCAAUGUCAUCAAUGAGAUCCUUUUGUUCUAUCUGGAGCUGCAGCCAGACAUGAAUGGAGACCAGCUGAAGAAUGUCAGGAAUGCAGCACUUAUCACAUGGUUCAUCAUGGGCAUACUGAACCCAAUGCAAGGAUUCCUCUUUACUUUGGCUUUGUAUGGAUGGACAGGAUGGAACAUUGAUUUCAGGCUUAAGCACAAGGAAAUCUCAUUCGAACAUCUGUCUAGUACAUCUGCUGUUGAGUCUGAUCGCAAUGGCCGAAUAGGUUCUUUCUUGAACUACCCUGGCUACAUCCAGGACCCCACCAAAGCUCAGAUGGAGAACAGCCAACAAACAGACGAGGCACUGAGCAUGCUUUCUGAAGGUUCUGAAGCUAGCACUAUUGAAAUCCACAUAUCCAGUGAACUUCCACACUUAGAUGACAUAGAGGCUGAUGAUGAAUCAACAGAAAACCUCGAAAAACAAAAGCUGGUCAAGUGAUCAUCAAACUGGGCACUUCACAGGCUGCAGAUGAAAAAUGUUAUGCCUAAUGCACAAAAUAUAUCCUAUGUGAGCUUCCAACCAACAAGAUAUUGGAGCCAUGCAAAUGUCUAAAGGCUUAUCUGUUUCUCAGUUCAAUUUUAAUUAAAGGAACAUAUAAAGUCAGAUAAUGGUCAU